GCUGCUGCGUCUUUUUACCUGCCAUCAGACCGGAAAAAUACGAUAAGCUUGUCUCCAAUCCCCAAUUUCCACUCAAGACCUUCUUAUUCUCGCCAAUUGCUCUGCAAAGCCGCCGAGAUGUCUCUGGCCAACAAGCUUUCGAUCGAGGAUGUCGACCUCAAGGGCAAGCGGGUCCUGAUCCGCGUCGACUUCAAUGUUCCCCUCGACGCCGACAAGAAGGUCACCAACCCCCAGCGCAUCGCCGGUGCCAUCCCCACCAUCAAGUACGCCGUCGACAAUGGCGCCAAGGCCGUCGUGCUCAUGUCCCACCUCGGCCGCCCCGACGGCAAGGUCAACACCAAGUACUCCCUCAAGCCUGUCGUGCCCGAGCUCGAGAAGCUGUUGGGCAAGAGCGUAACCGUCGCCCCUGACUGCGUCGGCGCCGAGGUCGAGGAGAUUGUCAACAAGGCCGACAACGGCGAGGUGGUGCUGCUCGAGAACCUGCGCUUCCACAUCGAGGAGGAGGGCAAGGGCACCGAUGCCGACGGCAACAAGAUCAAGGCGGACAAGGCCAAGGUGGAGGAGUUCCGCAAGGGGCUGACCAAGCUCGGCGAUAUCUACAUCAACGACGCGUUCGGCACCGCCCACCGCGCCCACUCCUCCAUGGUGGGCGUCGACCUCCCGCAAAAGGCAGCCGGCUUCCUCAUGAAGAAGGAGCUCGACUACUUCGCCAAGGCGCUGGAGUCGCCGAAGCGGCCGUUCCUGGCCAUCCUGGGCGGCGCCAAGGUGUCGGACAAGAUCCAGCUGAUCGACAACCUGCUGGACAAGGUCAACACGCUCAUCAUCUGCGGCGGCAUGACCUUCACCUUCAAGAAGACGAUCGACAACAUGUCGAUCGGCACCUCCCUCUUCGACGAGGCCGGCGCCAAGACGGUCGACAAGCUGAUGGACAAGGCCAAGAAGAACGGCGUCAAGGUCGUCCUGCCCGUCGACUACAUCACCGCCGACAAGUUCGACAAGGACGCCAACACGGGCAAGGCCACCGACGCCUCGGGCAUUCCCGACGGCUGGAUGGGCCUGGACUGCGGCGACGAGUCCAUCAAGCUGUACAAGGAGGCCAUCGACGAGGCCCAAACCAUCCUCUGGAACGGCCCGGCCGGCGUGUUCGAGUUUGACAAGUUCGCCUCGGGCACCAAGGCCACGCUCGACGCGGCGGUUUCUGCUGCCGAGAGCGGCAAGAUCGUCAUCAUUGGCGGUGGUGAUACCGCUACUGUUGCGGCCAAGUAUGGUGUUGAGAAGAAGCUCAGCCAUGUGUCGACUGGCGGUGGCGCCAGCUUGGAGUUGCUUGAGGGCAAGGAAUUGCCGGGUGUUGUUGCGCUGAGCGAGCGGAAGUAGGUUGUCACGUUUUGGGCGAGAGGUUGCGCGGCCAUAGUAACAGAACUAGGAGGGCGAUGCUAUGAAUAUUAGCCUUAUCUGUGUGAUUAGUCGUUAGUGGCAAACAUCUGGACGCAAUUCUCGUGAUCUCUGCA